AUGUCUACAAAAGAAAACACAGAUGCUACAAUAACGAUGAAGGAUAACAAAGAAAAAAAGUCUAAAACCGCUGAUUCUGUUUCUAUAAAAAGGAGGAAAAGUCAGAGAACUCGCUCAAAAUCACUUAAAAAAUAUAGCAAUGAUGCAACAAACCCUGUUUGCUUUGAUGUUGAACAAAUUGAUGAUGGACAAACAUUAGCAGAAAAUAUAGCAAUGAAAAAGAAGGAAGAUAGGAAAACACAUCUUAAAAGAAAACAAACAACAGUUGUGAUAGAGAAGGAUGCUGCAAAACCUGUUGUGAAAGAGGAUGCUGCGAAAGAAAAACCUGCUGUGAAAGAGAAGGAAGCUGCCAAAGAAACUGCUGUUGGGAAAGAGGACGCUGCGAAAGAAAAACCGGUUGUUAAAGAGAAGGAAACUGCCAAAGAAUCUGCUUUUGUGAAAAAGGAUGCUGCGAAAGAAAAACCUGCUGUGAAACAGAAGGAAGCUGCCAAAGAAACUGCUGUUGGGAAAGAGGACGCUGCGAAAGAAAAACCGGUUGUUAAAGAGAAGGAAACUGCCAAAGAAUCUGCUGUUGUGAAAAAGGAUGCUGCAAAAGAAACUGCUGUUGUGAAAAAGAAGAAUGUUGCAAGAGAAAAAACAGUUGUGAAGAAGAAGGACGCUGGAAAAGAAAAGCCUGUUGAGAAACAAGACGCUGCAAAAGAUAAAAAAGUUUGUGAAGAUGACACUCGUAAAAGAAAGCAAUUAGACUCACAAGACGAUUUUGAGUCUCCAGUUAAACAGUUGAGAACUUCAAAAUCUACACCGGUAAAAACUGCUAUGGAACAUAAAUAUAGUAGGAAAAAAAAGAGGAACAAUAAAGAUGAGCAAGUUUGUGAAAAGGGGAGUGGAAAAAGAACAGAAGUGGAUUCUCAAGACGAUUUUCAAUCCCCUAUUAAGACCAGAAAAAGAACACCUCAGAAAGAAUUGCCACAAAGGAAAUUUGUAGAAUUCACUAGAAAUACCCUACACAUGAAAUGCAAGUCAUCUGGUCUAUUGGAUGCUAUAAGUUCACUUUCGGAUGAACAAAAAAAAGCUGUGAAAGAAAUGGGGUUUGAAGCUUUACUUUCACUGAAGAUAAAUUUUGUACCAACAAUGUUAGGAUAUUGGUUGGUAAUGAACUACGAUGAAGACAGGCAAGAGAUCAAUACUGGAAAUCAUCGAAUAAAAAUAACAUCAAAGUUAGUAGAAGAAUGUCUCGGAAUACCAAGGGGUAAGAUUACAGUGCUUGAGAAGAACAAACCUAGAAAAGGUGUUGGUGAGAGAGUUGAUGAAUUUAAGAAUCAAUUUGAUACCACGAAAAUCAGUGUGAUAAAAGUGAUUGAUCUGAUAAAAGAAUCUUCACAAGCAGGAAAGUUAUUCAACACAAACUUUCUUGUUGUGGUGAAUACUUUGUUAGGAGAAACAACACAGUCAACAACAGUCAACCAAAGGUUUAUAAUUGGUAUUGAAAACGAUUCAGAAAUACCAAAUAUGAACUGGUGUGGCUACAUGCUCGAAUGUUUAAGAAGAUCAAAGAAAAAGUGGAAAGGAGGAAUUGAUCAAUUCACUGGCCCAAUAAUAUUACUUGCGGUAAUAUUCGCACAUUCAUACUUCAAGAGGCACAAAAAAACAAGUUUUAAAGUUGAAACACCAGCAGUGAAGUAUAUCACAACGGAGCUACUCAACAACUUGCAAAAACAUUUCUACAAUAAUGGCCCAUUGACAGACGAUGAAGAAACCGAUGACGAUGUAGAAAUGAAUGAAAAUCCGAAAAGUGUUGAAUCUGAUACGGCAGAUAAAAGCAAAAAGAAUGUUCAAGUUUCAAAUGUUGAAGAACCUAUUGGUGAUAAUACAAAUGAAGAAGGUCGCAAUGAACCAAAUGAUGAUUUCACAACAUCAUUGCCUUCUACAAGACUGUCCGAUUCAACUUUUGACAUCAAUAAAUUUGAGAUUGGAACGUCGACGCAAAAGCUUUUCAAUUAUUGUGCUACACCAUUACAAGUAUCUGGAUUAUCAUCCUACUUAGGCCCUGAUUAUAGAUCAAAUGAAAAGCAAUGGUUGAUUACUCUUGAAAACCAUAUGGAAAAAUUUGAGGAGUUAAAAGAAGUAAUUAAUCAAAUGGUGAAGGAGGGAAAAUCAAAGUUUCCAUGGAAUCAAAAUGUACAAGACAUGUGUAAGGAAUGGGAAGCCAAAUAUCCGUUGAGUCAAAGUACAAAUGAUGAUACUAACAUCAUCAAUUUGGAUGAACCAUCAAUGGAAAAAGUUGAUGAAGAAGGUGUCUUCAACAAAGAAGCAGAGGUUGAACAAACAAUGAAAUCACGUCAUGAAGAAAGAAGUCUAAAUGAUGGUGGGCUAGAAGGUGUCUUCAACAAAGAAGCAGAGGUUGAACAAACAAUGAAAUCACGUCAUGAAGAAAGAAGUCUAAAUGAUGGUGGGCUAGAAGGUGUCUUCAACAAAGAAGCAGAGGUUGAACAAACAAUGAAAUCACGUCAUGAAGAAAGAAGUUUAAAUGAUGAUAAGAAUAAAGAUGGUGGGCUAGAAGGUGAUAAUGCUUCAAAAAUAGUUGAUGGUAAUGAAGGUGAUGAUGGUGAGAAUGAAGUUGCUGAAAACGAUCAACCAGAACAAGGGACAACGGAAACAUUACUAAAUGAAAUGGUGAUUAGAUUGCAAGAAACAGAAGAACAACAUUUAAAGGAUCAGUUGAAAGUAAAUCCUAUUGAAGGUGAAAACGAAAACAAAAUACAGUCAAUUCUCGACACAUUUCCAUUUCUUCAAGUACCCAUCACCCAAGAAUCAACUGAAAGCCACACUACCCCUGAACAAACAAAAGAAAAGAGAAUAAUUAAGCCAACUUCUGCAUAUAAAUCACCUUACGUUAACCGGAAAGUUGAACUUGGAACAAAGCUGAGUGAUGAUGAACAAUUGAUAGUAGAUUACAUAUUUUCUCCAGUAGAUGAAUUGUAA